AUUCCAGAAAUUUGACAGAGGAAGUGGCUGUCCCUUUGAACUUUGGUUCUUACUCUUGUUGAUAGACGGUGGUUGUCCUUCCUAAAAGCGCUCUGGACUAAGGGAUGCCAUGGCAACGGAGGGGGAGCCAACCGACGCGAUCAAAGUGUUGCACCUGCUGCUGCUCGCCUUCACCUGGGGCAUGCAGGUGUGGGUCUCCUUCAUCGGAGGUUUCGCUCUGGUGAAGCAGGUGUCGUUGCACACCUUUGGUUUGGUCCAGAGCAAGCUGUUUCCCAUCUACUUCUACUGCCUGCUGGGAAGCAACUUCACCAGCCUGGCCGUGUACGCCGUGUACCACCCCAGAGAGCUGCUGGACUGGCACGAAGGCGUGCAGAUGCUGAUGUUCUUCGUGGCGCUGAUAACGGCAGGCCUGAACGCCCAGUGGUUCGGCCCAGUGGCCACCGAGGUCAUGUUCCAGAUGAGGGCGGUGGAGGAGGAGCACGGCCUGGGGAACCAGGUGGGGCUGGGCAGCCAGAGGGAGGACUACGCCAAGCUGAAGGAGCAGGACCCAAAGUACCGGGCCUACAGGAAGACGUUUGGGCGGUACCACGGCCUGUCCAGCCUCUGCAACCUCAUCGGCUUCCUCUGCAUCACAACUAACCUGGUCUACACCGCUCUCAAGCUGUCCACCAUUUAAACACCAGCAUUAUAUAGGCGUCAGGUCCGCAGGCAUUCAUGCAGUAUUCAGUUUCCCACAUUUUAUUAAAAAACAAAAGUUUUAUUGGGAUUUUAGUGCGACAAACGAACAUAAAAAAGUACUAAAAAGGGAAAUGGUAUUUCAAAUCUACUGGGGACACAAUGCAAACGUCAACUAAUUAUAUAGUAAAAAACGAUGCAAAAACAAACAAGCGAGACGCUCGGAUGUUUAAGAAUAAAAUACAGUACAUUUAAUAAAACGAACCCACCGUUGUAAAUAUUAAACAAAAAGGAGGAAAAACUAUUCUUAAAACAGAAAAGUUCCACUAAUGUAUAAACUCAAGUGAUUUAGUUGGGGUUGAACUUCUAACUUCUGAAUUUCUAAACAAAAUCUUCUCCAAUUAGAAGAAGUUAUUUAUAAUAAGCACAGUCCAAAACACUAUAUCAUUCUCCAAGACUGGAGUAAGUUAAUUUUUAUAGUACAGUCAACAUCAAAACUUCUUAUAAGCCCACAAAUCACCUUGUAUAAAAUAAAAAAAAAAA